AUGACAGAGCCAGUGCUGAAUAUUGGUGAUCCGGUACUAUUUCCGAAGAUGGAAGAACGAAUGAUUCUUAAACAGCUGGAAAAUACAAAACGGCUGGAAGAAUUCAAAUACUUUUUCAAUGAAAAUGGACAAUUGAGACACACCGAAACGAACCAACCAUUUGUUUUCAACCAAUACAACAAUGCAAUGAACUUGAACCACCAGUGGUACACGGCCUUUGGAACGGUUUUGGCCGAGUACGUAUACGAACUGCUAGAGAAAGAAUAUCGACUGAAACGACUCUAUAUUCCAGUAAAUGCCACAAUGGAUGAACCUAGAAGCUUUUGCUUCGUGAGCGAGGGUGCGCUGGAUAAUCCUUCAAAGUUAAUUGUUCUACUACAAGAUCGCGGCGUUUCGCGAGCGGGUACAUGGUCCCAGCAAUUGAUUGUACAUGACUGCCUGGACACAGGCACACAAAUGCCCUACAUUAAGCAGGCUCUACGGGAGAACUAUGAAGUCAUGGUAUUAAAUCCAAACGACAACUUUAUGCUUGAAAGUGUGGAACAGCAUACGUUCUACGUUUGGGACCACUUUAUAUCCAAGUGCGCCCCUAUGAGUGUGGCCUUCAUUGCUCACGGAUAUGGCGGCUUGGCUGUUGUCAACCUAUUAACCGAAUAUUCAGAUGUAAUGAGCAAAGUAUAUGCUGUUGCCUUCAUUAAUUCCAAUCAUGAUGUAGAUCAUCAAAACGUUAACCUAACAGAGCGGAACUGGAUUGCAAAGAAUUGUCGUACCUGGUCACUGAGCGCCAAGCCUCUGGACAAACCUGUGGCUUCCAUGAAGAUGGAUUGUGUGCAAGUUUCCGCAGGCACCGAAAACCACGAUUUAGCACCAGCAUCUUGCUUUCACUCCAUUUUCAAGUUUUUGAAGAAAGCGUCAAAUGCACAGAAAACUAAACGAUUAACUCGGUCGCCAAUUGUUACAAGAAGUUCAAGCAAGAACAACUAAAAACAGCCACGGAAUGGCGGUAGUAUGGAGUAAUUUCACAAACACAGUAAAAUCAAAACCAAGGAUGCCACGCCUGAAAUAUCGACGACGUUCUCGCCACAGAUACUACCCGUUUUUUUUCUAGUUGCUGCUGUGAAGUUAUUCAUUGUACUCCACGAUGAUCAGGCAACUGUCGCGAACGCUUGAGCCCAGUCUAAAUACUUCGCCACACUGUUCGGAUUUCUAACUGUUAGAAUGUUAUCUUGUAAUGGAAGGUAGAUUGGUUUGGUUGUUUAGGGAGAUUUGUUGGUAGAUUUGGUGAUAUCUGUGAUCUAUUGACCUUUAUAAAAAAUUAUAGGUAGACAACAGUGCUGGAGAAACUCAGCGGGUGCGGCAGCAUCUAUGGAGCGAAGGAAAUAGGCAACGUUUCGGUAUAAAAUUAUACCUCUGGCUCCUAUGCCCAAUGAUUAAAACAAU